AUGGUUGCUGUGGAAGGCCGCUUAUUUCAAGAAACUUUGGAGACAGCAGUGAGAUUGUGUCAGUGUUUCAUCGCGAGAGUACUUCUACUUUUCGCUGCUUUGGAAGUACGAUGCAGUUCCUAUGUUAUGCAAUCAAGCCCUCAGCAGGAUCUUGCGGACACACUUCUUCUACCAAACUGCAAUUGCCUUGCCGUGAGGCAGAAUUGUAUCAGGGGCUCUCUAUUUCGCACCUUUGACGGUACAUGCAACAAUCUCUGCAAUAUAACUAACGGAGCGGCCGGAUCGUCAUUUUUGCGUCUCGAUCGCCUCGAUCCACCCAAUACGUUUCAACAACCAGGCAACCUACCUCGAGUUAAAUCAGUUACUGGCGGUUUUCUCAGAAACGCAAGAAACAUCAGCAGAAUAGUCUUCAAAAACACCGACGCCAACGUAAACAACACCGCUCCAAACUUUACCCACGUGACAAUGACGUGGGGACAAUUUUUGGAUCAUGACCUAACUCUAACUCGGUUAGUUCCUGGUAUUGAGUGUGGAGUGAAUAAUGCACCAUGUGAAGAUAAAAAGGGAUGUACCAACAUCGACAUCCUAGAAGGUGAUGAGCUUCUUAAUAAUAAAAGUGCAAGAUGUAUUCCACUUAGGAGAGCAAAACAGAAUAACCAGGGCGAGCAGAUGAACGACAUUACAGCUUACAUCGACGCUUCACAAGUAUAUGGCUCAGACAAAGAAACAGCAGAAAGCCUGCGCGACCAGGAAGAUCGCAGAUUUCUGGAUGUGACGCCAGUCGCAAAAGCUGCAGUGCGGCAGUGUGGGCUGCUUCCAGACGCUGAGAAAGAUGCUUUUUGUAGAUCUCCAAAUCCAAAAGACAAACCGUGUUACCGUGCUGGCGACGAAAGAGUAAAUGAAAACCAAGCUUUAAUGGCAAUGCAUACUUUGUGGGUUCGAGAGCACAAUCGCAUCGCCAAAAAACUAAUCGAAUUAAAUCCAAAAUGGGAAGUUGAAAAAGUAUUCCAAGUGACAAGGAAAAUCGUGGCAGCACAAUUACAGCACAUCACAUACAAUGAGUGGCUAAAAGUGUUAUUCAGUGAUUCCGUGCUGGAAAGGGAAGGUCUGUUGUUGGAGCCACCUGGUAAAUUCUUUAUGGGAUAUAAUGCAUCGAUUAAUGCAGGAAUAUUAAACCACUUUGGAACAGCAGUUUUGAGAGUGGGUCACACCUUAAUUCGAUCAAGCUUUGGAUUAAUUACCAAUUCAAGGGUCAGGCGCUCCAGUAAACUCAUUUAUCGCGGACGUACUGCAGUGGACUUUUUCAAUCCAGCCCCCUUGCUACUGGGACUCAAAGUUAACCUCAUUGGAGAAAUCUUAUAUGGUCUCGUUAACGAGCUAGCCCAGCUCCCGGAUAAGAACUUUGUUGACGUCAUAAGAGAACGUGUAAUAAUAGAAGGACCAACUAUUGAUGGUAUUGUUGGCGAUCUUCCGGCAAUAAACAUUCACCGCGGUAGGGAUCACGGCUUACAAACGUUCGUAAAAUUCCGCGAGAUUUGUGGUGCAGGCCCAAGUAAUAACUUUGGUCAACUUCGUAAUACCAUAAAUCGCCCAGAGAUCAUGAAACUGAGACAAGCCUAUGAAAAUGCAAAAGACAUCGAUUUAUUUGUAGGCGGCAUCCUCGAGUUUCCCACUCUUGGAAGCGUGCUAGGUUUUACGUUCACCUGUCUUAUGACCAAGCAGUUUAGACAUCUGCGACAUGGUGAUCGAUUCUGGUAUGAAAGAAAUGACCCUAUUGCCGCAUUCACUCUUCCUCAGCUUGAAGAGAUACGAAAGACGUCAUUGUCCCGAGUAUAUUGUGACAAUACAGACAACGUGAUCUUCAUUCAGAAAAAUGCCUUUAAACUCCGAACUGGUAACAACGGAGACAAUCCUGUAAUCGAUUGUGACUUUAUUCCCAGAUUGAACUUGGAAGUUUUCGGAGAGGAGGAAGAGCCCAUUGAUGAACUACCGGGUAUGCCUAUUGUGCAAGAUUGUCCUCAGGACUUUGUUCCAUUUAGAGGUGGUUGUAUCAGAUUCUUCCUUACCCCUACCAUAACAUUCGAGGCUGCAAGAUCAUUUUGUAUGAGCUUUAAGACUAAAGACAAUAAACUGGGAGAUCUUAUCGAGAUUCGAUCACUUGAAGAGAAUGCUGAAGUUGUUUAUCUUGCCCCUGAUAAUGGGCAAAGAUAUUACAUUGGUGUGACGGACUUAGAAGAGGAGGGUGUUUUUCGCCUGAAUGGAGACACAAAUCCAGCGCCAUUUCUUAACUUUCCACCUGGCUUUCCUCAAGAUUUGAUAACUGAAGAACAAAGAGACUGUGUUGUCUUAGCAACGCAUCCGGAUACCACUUUUUCACUAUGGUACACAGUGCCUUGCACAAACAGUUGGGCUUUUAUAUGUGAGUGUGAAGGUCCGUGCUUUCAGUCCACCGUGGCUGUUUAAAUGAAAAACUAUAGACUUUCGAAUAAGUCACACCGUAGACGAGAAUCAAGCUGUAAUUUAAUUAGACUGAUAUAUGAUCUUGAAGUUUUCAAUCACGCCGUGACAUUAUA